GGUGGUAGUUUCUUUCUCUUUUAUUUUGCGAUUGAAAGUGGUCAGAUGCGUGGCAAGGCAGAAGUGCAACAGGAUUAUUAUUAUAAUUAUAUUUUGUUAGCAGAUCAGGAAAGCCACAUCUUAGGGAAACAGGAGCACAAGAUCCAAGGACUGCAGUUGGGGAUCUACUAACUCUUUAGGGAGAGCUGGGGGUGAUUUCUGCGGCUUCCCCAUCCGAGCUGUUGGUUUGCAGAAUGCACCUGGUGCACCCUUUAAAAAAAUAAAAUUGCAGGAAGAAGAAUCUGAAGGAGAGGAGCGUGCAAGAAGGUCUCGAGGAGGAGAGGAACUGAAGGCAGCAUACAUGGUGUUAUCGACCUCUCCCCAGUUUAUCAUUACAACAACCCUGUGAGGGCACUUAAUGUCAUGGAGGACGACAAUGGACUGUAUACAAAGAUCGCAGAAAACAUGAGCGAAAGCUUGGAGGUGGAAUGUGCCACUGCGGAGCCAAGUACCCUGCUGCAGAAACUGAAAGGAGUCAUCUCGAAGUCCGUCCAGAGCAAAGUCGACUGCAUACUGCAAGAUGUCCAAAAGUUUUCGGAUCAUGCCAAACUCUAUCUCUACCUCCAGCUGCCUUUCGGCCCAAGUUCAGGAGUUAAAAAUCUGGACCUCGCUUCUCUGAGCUCGGCUGAGCAUAUGCACGCCUGCACCUGGAUCCGGAAUCACCUGGAGGAGUAUCCGGACACCUGCUUGCUGAAGCAAGACGUCUAUGAUGCUUACAAGCAUUACUGCGAUAACCUUUGCAGCCGCUCUCUGAGCAUGGCGAAUUUCGGCAAGGUCAUCCGGGAGAUCUUCCCAAACAUCAAAGCGAGAAGGCUGGGUGGGCGCGGACAGUCGAAAUAUUGCUACAGUGGGAUACGGAGAAAGACUGUGGUCAACAUGCCUCCCCUUCCAAGCUUGGAUCUCAAAGAGACGGAGAUUCCGGAGCGGGCUGAGGUGAUCCAGUCCUACAACGACGAGGUGAUGGACGCGGCGUGCGCCUUGACCUGCGACUGGGCUGAGAAGAUCCUCAAGCGGUCGUUCAACAACAUUGUGGAGGUGGCCCAGUUUCUCAUUCAGCAGCACAUCAUCAGUUCCCGCACGGCGCACGCCGACCUUCUUAUGGCCAUGGUGCUGUCAGAAACCACAGAAAGCCACCGAGAGAAACGGCCGCCGCAAAGCGCCAAGAAAAAUGAACCGGAAGGGUCAGACAGUGCAACCAAAACCCAGCCUCAGGCCAAAACGGAAAAUAGCCCCAAGCCCUCAGCUACGCCCCCACGGAGUGAGACCAAGAAGCCCACGGAGGUCCCAGCCAAGCCAGCCAGCAACCCGCAGGUCAGCGCCCUGGUGGCUCGUCUGCCACUGCUGCUGCCCCGCGUCCAGGUCCAGCCCGGAGACAGAUUGGUGGUAUCUCCAGGGGUGACGGCUGUGCACUCGUCCCCCUCUGUCUUGGCGCCCAAGCUCACGACUGCACCCAUAGGGGGAACAGUCAAAAUGGCGCUCUCCGUGGGCCCAGCACCCUCUGCUUUGUUGGCCCCAGCAAUGAACGGGCCUGCCGGCGUGGUCGGCCAACAGAGCACCGUGCCAGUCAUCAACAUGAUGCCAGUGAUCAACGUGGCAGUACCCACCGCAACCGAGAUUCAGCUGAAGCCCAAGAGUAACUCCAGCAGUGGAGGGGUAAAUGGCUGUGAGGGGAGGCAGAGCCCCCACGACCCACAGAAAAGCAAGAACCCCACCAAGCGGCCUGCAGAUACAUCUGGGGAGGCGAUGGUGAAGAGGAAGCGUGGGCGACCCCGGAAGAAACUGGAACCCCCUCUGCCUGGGAAGGACUCCACUAAAGAGGGGGCACCCAACACAGAGGAAGACUCUGACAUCAUCGUUGUGACCGUGGGCUACGGGGAUCAGGCCGCUGUCCCCUCCUCCCGCUGGGGAUCACAAGGAGAGAGUCCAGAAGUGGAGAUGGUCCAUGUCAGGGAGGCCAAGAGCCUGCCCCCCAAGGAGACCGGUGGGGAGGGCCCAUCUGUACCCAGCAGCCUCAUUGUCAGCCCUGCCACAAAAGCUGCUGUCUUGCCCUCCCAGGUGAGUGUGAUCAAGGGCCGGAAGUCCACCACUCCGACCCUCGUGAAGGAGACGGGAAGUAGCUCGUGGGAACCGGUGCGAUUGGCUGAAGGCACUCCAGUGCCCGGAAGCGGUACCAAGGCGACAGUAGUGAGGGACUCGGAGAAAUCGGAGCGAGGCAGCUCGUUGGAACCGGAGCUUCAGCCCACUGAUCUGUCUCUCCGUAAAGCCGGGCCGCCACCUUCCAAGGACCGCUUGGAUGCCUCCGGCUUGCGGUCGGCAUCCAUGCACUUGCACCAGGUCAGCGCAGACCAGGGGAGGGCAGCAGAGGCCGCCAUUUCCCCAGUGACAUCAGCACAGGCCCCCAGUCGAUAACGUCUCCCUCCACCGCGCCAGGGUAUGCCUCCCUAUGCCAAGCUUCCCUUUCCCCGCCCCCCCCAGCAAGGCGUCACAGUUCUCCUUGCUUUUUGCUAAUUUAACACAACGAAGUCGGCUUGCUAAGUGACUUUUUAUCAUGCCUGUCUCUCCGUAAUCUUGCAAGCUUAUGCGCUCCUGCUGAGUUGCCUGGUUGGUUUUUUUUCCCCCCCUUUUCAAAAUUGGCUCCUUUCCACCCUCAUGGGGGCUGGUGCACGAUGGCGAGCGGGAUGCCUGCUCCACCAACCUCAGCCAGCCUCCAUCUGCCUACCUUCUAAAUUACAACCAGCCCAGGCGGUGGCUUCCUUCCUGUUUUAGGCUCUGCCUCCACCUACUGGUGGGCUCCCUGCCUUCUGCCCUGCUGGUCCCAAUGGGCAUCAUCCUAAAUCCUGCCCCUCUGGUGGAAAGCGAAGGUGGCUACUGGCACUUUCAGAUGUUCCUGCUCCUGACUGCUAAGGAGCGGAGGAACAUGGAGGCAACGCUAUACCACAGUAAGAAAUACAGAGAACAGAAUUUCUCUAGGGGUUCCCAAGUAGAGGCCCGCGGACCACCAGCGGCCCACGAGCUUCAUUCAGGCGGUCCUUGGCAUGUCCACGUGAAACAUUCACAGUGAUUUUCAGUUGCAUUUUCAUUGCCGCUUUUAUUUCUUAAAUUGUAUUUUAUGGUAUCACAAUUAGAAUUCUGUGGAAUGCAAAUUGCAACACAAUUAAAAUGUAAGUAAAAGAAUAUAAAUAUAAAUACAAUUAAAAACUAUGUAGCAUCUAGCACAGUGCAUUACAGUUGUAACAGGCAGGAAAAUAAUUAAGCGAGCCACCAAAACCAUCAGCAAUUUUCAAAAUUUCGAAGUUUGGGAACCACUGCCCUGGAAGAUUAGCUCACUUCUAUGAUGGGUGUAGAACCCCAAUCCUGAUGAUGAUCUUGUCCCCUCAGUUUCUGUCCUUGGACUCUGUGCUUAUUAGAGCCGAUACGAACUUUAAAGGGCUAAGCUGGGCGGGGAAAGGAAUGUUUUCUCAAGUUUGGAAUUUUCCUGUGAACGUUUCCUGAUUCCUUGAAUCGUAAGAAAAUAAUGUUGCAUUUCAUGUGCAAAUCCACCCCCCCCCAUACUUUGACGUUUAGAGACAAUCAUCUUGCAGCCAACAUCCCAAAGAGUUUUGUUUUCCUUCUCAGUUUCUAGCACAGAGAUGAGGAACCCUGGGCCCUCCGGAUGUUGCUGGUCUCUAGUUCCCAGCAGCCCCCAGCAUGGCCAGCGGUCAGGGAUGAUGGGAGUUGUAGUUCAACAGUGUUUUUGGACUCCCAGCACCCCCCAGCAUGGCCAGUGGUCAGGGAUGAUGGGAGUUCGUGCUGCAGCAACAUCGAGUGCCCACGGAUGUCCACCAGUCUCUUUUCUGGAGCUUCGACUGACGUGUGUUCAGUGUAAAAACAAAAAAACUGGGCUUGCCAUCAUGCACCCUGUUUUUGUUUCCAUUUUGUGUUAGUUUCCGCUGGGAAUCUUUGCUCAUCCCAAUCCUUUCUAAAUGUUCUCCUUUAAACCUGUUCUUUUGAUUAUAAAUACUGAAAAAACAUAUGCACAUAAUUUUUUUUAAAAAAAUAAAA